AUGACUGCCAACCUCAAGACCGUUCCUACCGCCGAGUACGAAGCCGUGAUUGCGGCUGCCAAUAAGUACACAGAGGGUGUGCGCGCAGGUAGCCCCGAAAUCACUGCCCAGGCAUUCCACAAGAACGCCACCAUGUACGGCUUCAUCAGCCCUCCCAAGCCUGACAUGCUUGCUGGUCCCAUCGAUAACCUUUACACAUUCAUCCGCGACAGUGGUAGCGCCCCUGCCAUUAAGACCCGCAACGAUGUUCUCGCCAUCACCCAAACUACAGCCGUGGUGCGCAUCGAUAUGGAAGGAGAUGCCUCGGGUGCCGACUACACCGACUUCCUCACUUUUAUUAAGGUCGACGGCAAGUGGCAGGUUAUUGCGAAGGUUUUUCACAAGUACCAAUAG